AGCGCGGGGGGCGGGGCCGGGCGCGGCGAUGGCGGCGGCUCCGCGCUGGCGGGAGCGGCUCUUCGCCCUCUAUUUCCUCUCGCACAUCCCGAUCACGGCGCUCAUCGACCUCCAGCCGCUGCUGCCCGCCGGGAUCGCGCCGCGGGCCCUGACAGACCUGCUGCAGCAGUAUGCAACUGCCUUCAGGGACCCCCUGAUGCUGCAGCCCCCUGAGUGGUUCAAGGCGUUCAUCUACUGCGAAGCCUUUCUCCAGCUGCCCUUCUUCCCCAUCGCUGCCUACGCCUUCCUGAAAGGUGGGGGGAGACCAGGGUGACUGAGGGCAUGUCCUGGGGGCAUUUUUGCAGGACAGCUGCUGCUGUGCAGCAGAGAAGGUUUCUGUGUCAUGAUUAGGGGGUUUGAGGGAGGUGCUGCCGAGGGCUGGGCUGCCAGGGCCCACACGAGUGUUCUACCUGAGAAAGUAGCACGGAAUAAAGUUAGUCAGAAACAAAACCUACAGGCCCUUGUCAGGUGCAGCCAUUUGUGGAACCACCAUCAGCUUUUGACAUCUGGCUAAUUUCCAGGGCAGCUAAAGGUCUGGGUCAAGCCUGUGUACUCAUUUUGUUACUUUAGAACU